AUGGCCGGUUUGCCUCCCAAGGUGCAGUACACGCACAUGUGUGCAACAGCAAGGUGUCACGUGAACACCCAGCUCAUGAAGGACCUGCCUGACACAGUCGAGGGCUUACGGGCGUUGAGGAAGCUUGACUUUUCGCGCAGUAUGUUGGGAGGAAGUGAUGUUGAACCACUGGUGGAGGCGAUACUCCGACACUGUUCUGGGCUUCAAGUUUUGAACUUAUCGCAGAACUACCUCAACGACAAUAGCAUUAUACAGCUAUGUGAGGCACUCACUGAGUACUCCCCAUCACUGGUGUCUCUGGACCUGUCCAACAACCCACUGUCAAACAAGGCGGGUCGAUAUCUACUCCGCUUCAUCGAUAGCAUGCCUUCACUAAAAUAUAUCAGUGUUCAAAAAACACUAAUGAGAGACAAUAUGUUGCGCCUAUUUCCGCAGUCAUCCACAAAGCUCUCGCCAGCUACAACAUGCCAAAGACCUAGCACACUCACUACAAUGACCAACACUUCGACAUCGGAUACGAUCGGCAUUCAACAAGAAAUAUCGGCAAGUAGUUUGAAUGUCACAGCGAGAGAAGAAACACAAUCGCUGCAGCAAAAGGUGCAAUGGCCAGCGCUUAAAACCAUAUGGAGAGCGGCGGCAAUUGCAGCACCUACACCCCAGGCCUACUCCAGACUCCACCUACUCAUGUCCAUGACGUCUGAGGAGCAGUACGAGGGCAACAAAACAAACUCCGCCACCCCCCUCUAG